AUGUCGGCGAUUGAAGUUAGUGGUGAAAAAGUGAAAGCAAUGUGGGAUAAGAGAUUGUUAGAAAUAUUUUGUGAUAUUUGUAUUAAAGAGAUAUUGAAAGGUAAUAGGCCUGGUACUCAUUUCACAAAAGAUGGAUGGUUGAAAAUAAUGACCAACUUUGAGAAAGAAACGGGCAAGGCUUUUUCACAAAGACAACUUAAAAAUAGGUGGGAUGCCCUAAAAAAAGAAUGGAAAGCUUGGAAGAAACUUAAAGGUGAAGAUACUGGUCUAGGGUGGAAUCCUAUAAAAAGAACCGUUGAUGCAUUGGAUGAUUGGUGGGAGAGUAGGCUAAAGGAUGUUAACAAUGAAAUACCUGAAGAGAAUGAAGAAGAAAUUGUGAGAAAUGAUGUUCACAUUUUAAAUGAUGUUCAAAUUGAUGGAAACGGUCAAAAAAGAAAAAACCCUGAGAUAUCAAGUUCACAUUUUAAAACUGGAAGAAAGAAAUCCUCAAAGCAAAUUAGAGGGGCUACAAGAUUGUCCAAUCAAAUAGAAAAAUUAUGCAAUGCAGCUGACAAUAUGAGUCAAGCCACAUCUAGUUUGACUCCUGUUGUGGAUCCAUAUAGUAUUCCACAAGCAGUCAAAGUGCUCGACAAAAUGUCGGAAGAAGUUUCAGAAGCUAGUCCGCUAUACUUUUUCGCACUUAGAUUAUUGCUCAAUAAGGACAAUUUAUCAAUUAAUCCCAAGAUUAGAGCUUUGUGGCUUAAGACGAAAAUAGAGGAUAGUUGA